AUGGCCAAGAAGAACAAGAGCUGGUUUAAUCUGGUGAAGAGCCUUUUCAUAUGGGACACACAUUCCACACAAGAGAAGAAAGAGAAAAGAAGGAAAUGGAUAUUUGGAAAGCUAAAAACCAAGAAGUUACCUUCAAUUACAGCUCCAGCAACAACAUCAAAUGAAGCUGAGGAGGAGGGAAAAACCAAGCAUUCUCAAGUUGUUAUGCUUAAUGAAGUUUCACAAUCUGGUUAUCAAAAAAAUCAAGAUGGCUCAGAAGAAUCUGAACCUGUUGAAACUAGGAAUGGUGUUCCUCGAUCGAUAUAUCUGUGCCAGAGAGAGAUUCAAGAAUUUGCAGCCAUCAAAAUUCAAACUGCUUUUAGGGGCUACCUUGCAAAGAAGGCUUUGAGGGCAUUGAAAGGAAUAGUAAAACUUCAAGCGAUUAUUCGUGGGCGAGCAGUGAGACGCCAAGCUAUGAGUACUCUCAAGAGCUUGCAGUCUAUUGUAAGUAUUCAAUCAAAGAUAUGUGCAAGGAGACUCCAAAUGGUUGAAGGAAGAUGGGAUUCUGUUGAAGAUGAAGAGACUCUUUAUUCUAAAGACAAGAUCAUUAGGAUGGACUCAAACAGCGAAAGAAAGUGGGAUGACAGCACUUUAUUGAAGGAAGAGGUAGAUGCCUGUUGCAUGAUCAAGAAAGAAGGCAUUAUUAAGAGAGAAAGAAUAAAAGAAUACACAUUUAAUCAUAGAAGGUCAGCAGAGUCAGAAAGAAGUAAAGUGAACGGAAGAUGGAGGUACUGGCUAGAGCAAUGGGUAGAUACACAGCUUUCUAAAAGCAAAGAACUUGAAGAUUUAGACUCAGUUUUCAGCUCAAAUUCUAGCAGAAAACAACUAAAUCUAAGAAACUCUACUCAGCGACAAAAUCCAAAUCAACUUGAAGGAAUGGAUUCGCCACUAGUUUCAUCAAGAAAAUGUUUUCCUCACGGGCGACAAAGUUCAAUAGGAGAAGAGCAAUCAUUUUCAAGCUCCCCUGCAACUCCUGCAUACAUGGCUGCAACCGAAUCAGCAAGAGCAAAAGCAAGAUCAACAAGCUCACCAAAAGCAAGGUCAUGGAAUUAUGACAUGAACUCGGAUAGCUAUUUAUCACCUAGCAAGAAAAAGUUAUCAAUUGUUUCAUCUGUUAACAGUGAAGUGGUUAAUAAUGGUGUUAGAAUGGGGAAGCUUAAUGGUUGUAACCAACAAAGAUCACCAAGUUUUAAGGGUAUUUCAGUGCCUUUAAAAUCAAACACAAGUAUUAAGGAUCUUAGCAUUAAUUCAGAUUGCUCAUUGUCUAAUUGGGAUAGACAAAGUUCCUUUAAAUGA